GAAAGAAGCUCUGCGCUGCCCGGCAGCACACAAGACAGGCACGCUCAUCGUCUUGGGGAACUUCGCGUGGCAAUACUGUGUCCAGGAGAUCUUCGCACUCGUUGCUAUGACUGACAUCAAUACGAAACCAGGACCAACACAACAGGAUUUGGUGUACAUGGAGGAUAUGCUCAAACGAAACCCGCUUUUCCACACUCGAGUCGUGGUGGACUACGAAAUCCCGCAAUUCGAUCUUUGGUCUUUCAGCACCAGAGGCCUGCGCUAUCCCUUUCGCAACGGAAAAGAAGAAAAAAAGAGCUUAGCAGCGAUGCUAGAAGAUGAUGGAGAUUCGUAUCAUCUAGUCGCACACGGAGAAGAUGAUGCGAUGAAGCAAAAGGCAUCCACUGCAACUUCUAAAAACAUGGCAUCAAAACAAAAUGAUGAACUCGUUUGGAUGAGAUACGGAGAUCCACUUGACGAUGAUUAUCGAAUUGACGAGUUCAGUGGAGGUGAUGAGAAAAUUGAAGACUAUGGAGGCUUCGUCACUUGGAAUUGGGAGAACCGAAAUCCGUUUAUCAGAUGGGACAAUAUUAAGAGUGAUGGUCAUGACGAUCACGAUUCGACAUUGAUUGCAGCAGGUGGUGAGAAGAAAGCAGAUGAAGGAGAAAUUGCAAGUAGGGCAGAUAAGACGGCUGGUGAAGGUGGGGACGAUAGGGAUAGUUCGUGUUCAGUGGAUUUUCUAGAUCAUGACAUCUAUCUGCCGCGCGAGUACCAAGCCUCACAUAACGAAGAGAAACGAGGCGCGCGCACGCGCAAGAAAAUGGACUUGGAAUCGAAGCACAUGGACAGGGAAGCUGCAAUGAAGCUGUUAGGUGCGGGUGUUGGCUUCAGUGUUGACGACACCAAGCCGAAGCGACAUAAAGGACGACUGGAGCACCUAAACUUUUACGACGGCCGUGCGAUUGGGCGCAAGUGGCAUCGAGCGCUCUGGCUUGAUGACAAAAAGAAGCAAAGAGAAGGGAAAAUGAGGGUCGACAAAACAGAAGUACAAGGUCUAGGUGAAGCUGAUGAACUGAAGAGUGAUGAGCAUCAUCGCCUUCAAGAGACGGCUCAGCAAGCCUCCGUGAGUGCAGAAGUGUUGUCUUCGGAGAACGACGUUCCGCCAGGGGAAGUUUUCAGCCGUGAGCUUGCUGACAUAAUUGGCAUUCCCGCACCUAAUAAAGGUGAUCUUGAUCAUAUGGCGACCGUCAAGCCUACGACGCCGCACACUUUCAAUGCACUCGCGGAGGACAAUAUGCGAGUGCGACACAUGCGAAUCGAUCCACUAUACACGGUAUUGAACAUUCCCCACGCGACCUUUUGGCGACAGUUUCAUAGGACGAUGCAUGUCGACUUCAAUCGCGUCCUGCACCGCCGACAGUUCUAUCCGACGCAUGUUUUGUAUCUAUGCCCGUUCACACACAAGCUGCUGCGCCGACGCGAGCAUGUUGACAAGAACGGCCGCGACGAGCUUGAAAAGCAAGAAGACACAUCAUCAACACCAGGCACGACAUGUCCGGAAGAAGACUGGGAGAAGAAAUUGACGUUUUUGCAAAUGCCCUACCCGACGAAGAAUGUCUUCGAGCUUGACGAAGAACGCUUUCCGGACGACGAGGCUUAUUUUGCAGCACGACACGACAUGGAAAUGGAAACGCGCAACAUGCCGGAAGCACAAGCUCUAUCUAAUGCGCAGGCAAGAGAUUUAGACGAGUCUCUGCUUGGGGAUGAUCAACAACAACGACUGAGGUCACGGGACAGUAGAGGCGCACUGGUUAUGGUCGCAAAGCACACCCCAUUCAGAGAUCGGAAGCACAUAGACUUGUUUUAUGCAGGUAACUGCAUGAUGGAGCAUCAGCGAGAAAUGUUUAUGCCCACAGCGACCGCGAAGCAAAAGUUCGUGGUCCCAGGGGGAAUGAGUGUCGUAAAAAGUAGCUCCUCGUUGUCAAAAAAGAAUGGUGGAGACGACGAGCUCGAAGGAGAGGAUGCGGGUGGCAUGCCCAUGGUGAAUUUCCACGUGCUAGGUAAUAGCCAAGAGCGUUUAAGCAAGGUUUAUCUUGGCCCAGAAUACGAGUCUGAGUACAGAGCCUCAGGAGUGCGUCUCCACUUCGUCCCUGGGAGCGAAACCAUCACCAACGACGAGAAGCUUGCGAUUUACGGUCGUGCGCGAAUCUGUUACAC